UUCAAUAUGUAAUAAAAAGAGAUACAGAUAAAGAAUACGUUAACUUUAUAUUCGGAAGUGUUUAUUAAUUUUACAUGAAAUAAAUAUGUCAUCGUCCGAAGAAGAAAGUGAUCAAUUAAUGAAUUUGGAAGCUAUCCGAGAUAAAAUGUUAAAUCAACCACGAAGUGAACGUAUGCAAGUUAGUGCUUGGGAAGAUGAUGAUGAUGGAGUAGAAGCUGAACGCAAUGCAAAAGAACCUGAUGCAAAGGAAAUUCUCGCUGCAGCGGAAAAUGGUGAUUUAGACAAAAUAAAGAAAUUAUUAACAAAAAACCAUCGUUUGUUAGAAUGUACGGAUAAGGAUGGUUAUACUCCAUUGCAUAGAGCUUGUUAUGGCAAUCAUGUGGAAAUUGUAGAGUAUUUACUUCAAGCAGGUGCAAAGAUAGAUGCUAAAACUCAAGAUGAAUGGCAACCAUUGCACUCUGCAAGCUGCUGGAAUAAUGUUGAAUGUGUAGCAACAUUAAUUGCAAAUGGCGCAGAUAUAAAUGCUAAAAGUAAAGGAGAUCAAACACCUUUGCAUCUAGUAUCUGCAAGUUCUCAUAACUCUCCUGCAUUGCAACUUCUCUUAUUGCAUCCAGAUACAAAUCCAAAAUUAAUAAAUUCUAGUGGAGAUACUGCAGAACAUAUUGCAAGGAGAACAGGAAAAUAUUAUCCAAUGUUCGAAAUCAUUGAAGACUGCUUAAAUGUUAUUUGAAUCUAUUACUUAAUAUAUUCAUUAAAUAUGCUCAUAUUACAUAUAAGAUUAUGAACAUGAAAAAUUUAAGAAAUUAAAAAAAAUGUAUAAUCCUA